GACCUUCCGACCUGCGAAGUGCAGCCGCUGACGCCCUGGCUGCAGCAGGUUUCCUGCAGCUCUGGCUCGGGCAUGGUCUUUCUGAACUUCACCGCCCCGCUGCCUGCCGGGGCUGCGGUGGGCCUACGCCUCUCACCGUUUGCUUUGCCCUCCAGCUAUGCCGACGUGCACCCAGGGUCCAGUGAGCCGCUGGUGCAACCCAUGUCGCUGAACAUACGCCUGGAGUCCGUUCCAGAAGGCACAGACACCGUGGACGCCUGCCAUCCGGCCGUGUGGGCCUGCGGCUUGUACCCGUUUGGGGGCCUCGUGCUGCGGCCCUCCAAGUCCCGAUUCGCCUCCUUCCAGGUGGAAGUGUCCGGCACCUGGGCCAUGCUGCGCUUCGCUGUGAACGCCACCCUGCAAUUUCUAGGUAACCCGCAGGACGUGCUGAAGAUCAGCCCGCCGUACGGCUACUCGGUGCUGGCGGUCUAUGGCUCCUCUCUGCAGGCCCUGCGGCGCCGGGAGGCCAGCGGCCAGCUGAACCGCCAGGAGGUGGUGGACCUUCCCUCCGCCAUCGAGACCUCUCGCGGGAGCUUCUUGGUGGAGUUGGACGGGAUGUCAAGUUCAGCCAAAGCAGUGCAGGUGACCAACUUGUACGGCACCGUGAUGGCGCAGCAGGAGCACUAUGUGAACCUGUCGUUGAUGCUGCCGGAGAGCGGGGUGGAGCCCUCCUUGUUCGACCCCACGGACCGCAGCCCGAACCGGAGCGCCUGUGCCAACGCCUGGGGCAUUUCCUUGGAGGCCGCCGGGGAGCCGGCGGCCACCGCCUUCGCGCGGGGCAACCUCCUGGCACCGGUGGAUCAGCUGCUGGUGGAGUGCGCCACCCGCGCCACGGAAGCCAACAGCUCGCUGUCGGUGCGCUUUCGGGUCACGCCCGCUGUGACUGCCCUCCCUGCGGGCUCCUUGCUCAUGGCGCUCCGCAUCUCGGACCUGGACCUCCGCGAGCCGGCCCUGGCCGACGCGGCGCCUUUCCUGCGCUCUACGAGCUCUGGCGCGGAGCUGGAGGCACGCCACUUCCCCAAGUUCGGGUGUCCACCCAUGUCGCUCUACUCGAGCCGCAGACUCCGCCAGGAUCUUACCGACUGCGCAGUCUUCUUCAACGACCUACAGGGCGCCACGGAGAUCCUGUUCAAUGCUUCUGGUGUGAAGGCCUCCGCGGUCAACGAGGUCUUCGUUCGAGUGCGCAACACGCCGUGGACCAACCGCUGGCCCAACGUGACAUUGGCGGUCUACCGUAGCCGACACCCUUUCCGCCUGAUUCCGGCUCCCUUGGUCUUGGCUGAGAGCACCGGCGCCUUGGAGCCGCUCCAGCGGCUGGCGGCGGCCUGCGAGCACACCUUGCCGCCCAUGGAGGCGGAGGUUUUCGCUGGCAGCUGCCUCUUGCCUGGGGAAGCCAACGAGGUCACCAUCGGCUUUGUAGCUCCCGAGGUGUUCCAGGCUCCAGUGAGAGCGACGCUGCGAGCACCAAGCGGCUUCCGUAUCGCCUGGGAGUGCAGCUUCGAAGCCUCGCAGCUGCUGCUGCCGGGGGGGCGCACUUUGGAAUUCCUUCUGGCGGGCUUCUUCUCGGGCUGCGUGGUGAACCCGGACGGGCGGUCCAUCAGCUUCAACAUCACCCGGACCAUGAAGGCCGUGACCUCCUGGAACUUCUUCGCGAUACAUGCUGUGAAUCCCUCAGUGGAAGAGCUGGCCGCGACCGCGGAGCAGUCGGGCUGGGGCCUAGAGGUCGGCUCUUACGCCGCCGUGGGGGCCAUGAGCCUUCCGCUGCGCACCUUCGAGGCGGAGUUGCGAGACCUGGGCCACUGGUACAAUGGGAGCACUCGAGCCGUGCUGCUCACCUUCACGUCUCAGUCUGUGAUCCCGUCUGGCGGGUACCUGGUGCUGAGGGCGCCUGAUGGUGUGCUCCUGCCGGAGCAGUGUACUGCAACGCCCGACUUGCCGGCAUUGUCUUCGCAGCCUUUCAGAACGCUGAGCGGCAUGCUGGACGUGAGCGUCAGCUGCGCCGUGCGCGGCUCCGAGCUGCAGCUCGGGCUGGAAGCGCCGCUUGUAGCUCAACUCUACGAGCUGCGCUUCGUCAUCACAGAAGGCCCAGGCUUCGACCCAGGCGGGAGGUGGUCCCUGCAGAGCUGGGGCCCCGGCAGUUGCUCCUCGAGCAGCUGCUGCGUCAGGCGCCCCAACUUCCGGGACAUCGUAGGGCUGAGCACCCUGGAGCUCCUGGACUCCGCCGUCUUCUACGCUGUCUUACCUGACAAAGCGGGCAGGUGACACGCCAG